AUCACUUCCCUAGGCGGCCUCUCAGCAAUAGUAAUCUCCCACCCCCAUUUCUACACAACCCACAUAACCUGGUCGUCCAUCUUUAGCUGUCCAGUCUACACCCAUACUUUGGACAAACCUUGGCUCUCCCGUACACCAACAGCAUCUUCAAAACGUGUACUUUUGGAAGACAAGUACACAGAAGUUGUCAAAGGUGUCACGGCAAUUCAGGUGGGAGGGCAUUUCGAGGGGAGUAUGGUGUUGCAUUGGGAUGGUCAUUUGUUUAUUGCUGAUACAUUUGUCAAUGUACCUUCGGGCUUCUAUCGUAAAGAUAGACCAAAAGGCACGACUUCUUUUUCGUUCAUGUGGAGUAUCCCAAACAUGAUCCCUCUACCUCCGGAUACGAUUCACGCAAUGUGGAAAGCAGUCGAACCAUACGAUUUCACAGCAACACAUGGUCUAUUUCCAGGUUGGGAUAUCAGAGAUGAAAAUGUCAAGAAAAGUGUACUCGAGAGCAUGAAAAUCCAGGUCAGGAACCAGGGCUUUGCAGCACAUGCUCUAUUAGAUGAGGAAUGA